GGUAUCCCCGACGUCACAAACACCGCGCGGUCACAGCACCCGGUGGGGCGACACCGGGCACCCCAGGACCGUCCAUCGUCCCGCCGCCGGAGCCCACCGGGACCAGUGCGGCCAACUCCACCGGGCCAGGACCACCAUGGCCACCAGCGAGCCCACGCCGGCGCAGCCCAAGGCGGAGGAGCAGCAGAACAUCGGGACGCGCGUGGCCAACCUGCCCCUGGUGAGCUCUGCCUACGACAUGGUGUCCUCCGCCUACACCUGCACCAAGGAGAGCCACCCCUACGUGCGCUCCGUCUGCGAUGUGGCCGAGAAGGGCGUGAAGACGCUGACGGCGGCAGCAGUGAGCGGGGCCCAGCCCCUCCUCACCCGCCUGGAGCCCCAGAUUUCCACCGCCAAUGAAUACGCCUGCAAAGGGCUGGACAAGCUGGAGGAGAAGCUGCCCAUCCUGCAGCAGCCCCCCCACAAGUUCAUCUCGGACACCAAACUGCUGGUGACCUCCACGGUGACGGGGGCCAGGGAUGUGCUGACCAGCACGGUGUCCGGGGCCAAGGAUGCAGUGUCCAGCACCGUGUCCGGGGCCAGGGAUGCAGUGUCCAACACCGUGUCCGGGGCCAGGGAUGCAGUGUCCAACACCGUGUCCGGGGCCAAGGAUGCAGUGUCCAGCACCGUGUCCGGGGCCAGGGAUGCAGUGUCCAACACCGUGUCCGGGGCCAGGGAUGCAGUGUCCAACACCGUGUCCGGGGCCAGGGAUGCAGUGUCCAGCACCAUGUCUGGGGCCAGGGAUGCAGUGUCCAGCACCAUGGCCGGGGCCAAGGAUGCGGUGACCGGAGCCAAGGAUGCAGUGUCCAGCACCGUGGCCGGAGCCAAGGAUGCAGUGUCCAGCACCAUGGCCGGGGCCAAGGACGCGGUGACCAGCCGAGUGACCGGUGUGGUGGACAUGACCAAAGGGGCAGUGCAGGGUGGCGUGGAGCUGACCAGGUCUGCGGUCAGCAGCGGUGUCAGCACCGUGGGCCAGAUGGUGGCCAGCGGGGUGGACUCCGUGCUGGGCAAGUCGGAGGAGCUGGUGGACCAUUACCUGCCCAUGACAGACGAGGAGCUGGCCAAGCUGGCCACGGCCGUGGAGGGCUUCGAGCCGGAGCAGCAGAGGCAGCAGCAGAGCUACUUCGUGCGCCUGGGCUCCCUGUCCAGCAAGGUGCGGCACCGAGCGCUCCAGCACUCCCUGGGCAAACUGCAGAGCGCCCGCCAGAGCAGCCAGGACCUGCUGGCCCAGCUCCAGCGCACCCUCGACCUGGUGGAGCAGCUGAAGCAGGGCGUGGACCAGAAGCUGCAGGGAGGACAGGAGAAGCUGCAGCAGCUGUGGCUGGAGUGGAGCAAGAAGGAGCCGGGCAAGGACCAGGUGGCACCGGAGGCAGUGGAGUCGGGCACGCUGACCAUGCUGCAGGGCUUGAGCCAGCAGCUGCAGAGCUCCUGCCAGCCCUUGGUGGCCAGCCUGCAGGGCCUCCCCGCCACCGUGCAGGACACGGCGGGGCAGGUCCGGCACAACGUGGAGGAGCUGCGGGCAGCGCUGGCCUCUGUCAGCUCCCUGCAGGAUGUCACGGGCCCCGUGCUGGCCCGGGCCCGCAGCCACGCCAGCAAAGCCCGGCAGCUGAUGGACGAGCUGGUGGAACACGUGGCCUUCAACACCCCCCUGACGUGGCUGGUGGGACCCUUCGCCCCCUCGGGCAAGCGCCCGGUGGAGCUGGAGAUGGAGUAGCGAUUCUGGGCUGCUUUCCCCCCCGAAAAGCCUCGUUAGGAGCCUUUGCUAAACCCCCCAGCCCCCCUCACCUUGUGCCUGCCUCUGUGGGGACCCUCCUGCCUGCCCCAGCUGUCCCUCUGCCCUCGCUGGAGACCUGCAGUUA